GCGCUAAAACCGGAAAACCACCCCUAACAAUGCCUACUAUCCAUUAUCCUCCCACUUGUCAGUCACACAUCAUAAGGCGUCUUCAAAAGGCAGGAAAAAAUAAUUUCAUUUUUAGGCAUUUAAAAUUUACUGGAAGAUAGUAAAAAAAAUUGUUUAUUCUAUCAUUAAUCUGUUACUAAAGUUGAGUACGAACUCCCUAUCGCUUAAAAUGAUAAAAAAUCCACUCAGAAAUUAGUGAAAAGUACGAUUUUUCACAUUUUCCAACGCCAAGUCGACACGAUGAAGUGCUUGCGCAGUGUGAAAAAGAGGGCGCAGGUGACAGAAAACAUCAGAAGCCAUUCGGCACUUGGUGUGGGUUGUAUUGCUACUGAAAGCGUUAGCAAUAAACUAAAGUGGAAGUGUGGCAAAGGCGGCAAUUUUCCCGUGGGCCACCUUAUCAAUGCUUGUUGUUUUUUUCUUCGGACUUUUGUUUUGCUCGCGGUCGCUGCGGUAUUUUUGUUUACAAUCGACAGCGUUAAUGCUGCCGCCACUGCACUUAAGGCGCCGCUAGAGGAUGAUAGUGCGGCGUUGGGUGGACACCAUCAACAUAAUCAUCAUCAUCAUCAAUAUGCUGGCGCGGUGAAGGCAGAGCGCUAUCACGAACAAGAAUACGGAGAGGAAAGAGGCUAUUGUGCGCCAUAUAACGGUAAAAUAUGUAAACAAUAUAUAAGUGGACAGGUAUGGUAUAGUCGUGAAGAUCCAACGGGUGGCUGGAAGAAUGAGCAGAUAACAACUGCUUUGUGGGAGGAAUUAAUUGCCGACCUGACGGGAUUAUGUCGCCAAGCGGCAGAGAAAAUGCUUUGCGCCUAUGCAUUUCCACAUUGUCAAACGGAAAAUGGACGCACAAUAAAAGUGCCGCUCUGCUAUGAAGAUUGUACUGCUAUACAUUUGCAAUUCUGCUACAAUGAUUGGGUGUUGAUUGAAGAGAAGAAAGAACGAAACAUAUAUUUGAAGAGUCGUGGCCAUUUCCGUUUACCCAACUGUGGCGUACUGCCCCGAUAUAAUGCCACGACGAAGAAGCCGAAUUGUUCGUACAUUGGCCUAACGGAAAUUAAGGAAGAUGAAAUCAGCUACGACUGUCGCAAUGGCAAUGGACGUUACUAUCUCGGCACCGUAAAUGUGACAAAAUCAGGUUUACCCUGCCAACGAUGGGACAUUCAGCACCCGCAUAAACAUAUCCAACCGCCACAGGUGUUUCCACAAAUUGCCGAAGGUGAAAAUUACUGCCGUAAUGCUGGGGGCGAGGAGCCAUACCCGUGGUGUUAUACGCUCGACGCGACUGUGCGUUGGCAGCAUUGCGAGAUACCACUUUGCCCCGACUACAUUGAUCUCAACGCCAAAGAUAUGAACGCGCCAAUAAAAAUGGAAACUUUCUUCACACCCUCGAUGAUCUUUCUGCUAGCCGGUAUUGGUUUUGUUGGCAUUGUUGCUUUGCAUUUGAUUAUUUUGUUGGUGCACAAGAUCUCCAAACAUAAAGAGUUCUCUUUGCAACAACAACGUCAGCCGGUGCCCACAUCCGAGUGUAAUGUUUCGGUGCGUGGCGAAUGUAAUUUGACGGAAAGCAGAGAAACUUUAGGUUCGAAUAAUGCCGUGGCAAUCAACAACAAGUGUGGCACUAUAAAAAGUACCGCGACAGUGCAUAGUGCAGCGGAUCCAAAAACAAAUUUAAAUACCAAAUUAGAGAAACUGGAAUAUCCACGCGGCGAUAUUGUGUACGUGCGUUCGUUGGGGCAAGGCGCUUUCGGUCGAGUAUUUCAGGCCAAAGCACCUGGUCUCGUUGCGGGCAAUGAUGACUAUCUGGUGGCAGUGAAAAUGUUGAAAGAUGACGCCAGCGAUCAAAUGCAAGUGGAUUUUGAACGCGAAGCUUGUCUAUUGGCCGAAUUCGAUCAUUCAAAUAUAGUUAAACUACUCGGCGUUUGUGCUUUGGGUCGUCCCAUGUGUCUGCUCUUCGAAUUUAUGUCACCUGGUGAUUUAAGUGAAUUUCUACGCGCUUGUUCACCCUAUGCGACACAUCAAAUACAACAACGUAAUCGUCAGGAAUUGAACGAAGGUCACUUACUACAGAUUGCCGCACAAAUUGCUGCCGGUAUGGUUUAUUUAUCCGAACGUAAAUUUGUACAUCGUGAUUUGGCUACACGCAAUUGUCUAAUCAACGAACAAAUGGAAGUGAAAAUUGCUGAUUUUGGUUUAUCACAUAAAAUUUACCUACAAGAUUACUACAAAGGCGAUGAGAAUGAUGUUAUACCGAUACGUUGGAUGCCGCUGGAAAGUAUAUUAUAUAAUAAGUUCUCUAUUGAAUCGGACGUUUGGGCUUAUGGCAUUUGCUUGUGGGAGAUCUUCUCCUUUGCACUCCAACCCUACUUUGGCCUGACACAUGAAGAGGUGAUUAAGUUUAUUAAAGAGGGCAAUGUGCUCAGUUGUCCGGAUAAUACGCCGCUCUCGGUGUAUGCAUUGAUGCGUCGUUGCUGGAAUCGUAAACCGAAUGAACGUCCCAGCUUUGCUGAAAUCAAUCAUUGCAUACAGCACAGUCUGGUGGAGUAUGAAUGCAAGACUAUGAUGUAGGUUGUGUAGAUGGGUUGAAGAGAGAUUUUCAAAAUACACAGACAUAGGUGACAGUCCAUACUUCCAACUGGCUAUAUUCAUGCAUACAUCCAUAAAUACGUACAUACGUACGUAAGGCAAAAGUUAUAUUUUAGUAUAAGUAACAAAAAAAAACAUUUCCGUUCGUAAAUACUCAGCAGGUGGUUGAUCUCGAGCAUAAGUUUUGUCAUAUAGCAAUACUUUCAAAGAAACUUACAUAUAUGUAUGUAUUUGAUAAAUGUAAUUUUAUACAAUAAGUAAGCACAAAGCACAAAUUAUAUGUAUACAUUUCCAUUUAAUAAUGUCAUAAAACCAUAAUAUUUACUAAAAAUGUACUCAAAGAAAGUUGUGUUCAGGCAAUAAUUUAUAUAGUUGUGUGCAUAGUGUAUGCAGAGAAUGAAAAACAAAGUUUCCUUAUAUUUUAUAUUUUCUUUUAUAAGUAUACUAAAUAACCUUUCUAUAAAACAAAUGUGCAUUUCAUAUAUAAAAUUCAUAUUAAAAGCAAUGUAUUUUACAAACAUAUGGAAUAUUCCAAUAUAAAACAACUUCCACAGAUGCGUUCCAAUCAACGAAUUAUACUGCCGAUUUUUAUACUCUUUUAUAAUAAUUAUGCAAAAAUAUUUAUACAAAUAGUGGCCAUCAUAUCAACUUAAAUGCAUUUAAAAUAUACCGAUAAUGUGAAAUACUUGCUUUUUACAAUAACAAUAACUGUGUAAUUUAAGUUACUUUAAGUAUGAUAUUUUUUGUAAUAAUUUAUUUACUAUAAAAAAAAUUAAUUUUUUCGAAAAUUUGUAUAUUUAAAAAAUAUUUAACAUCUAAACGCGUGUACAUAACAUACAGUGGAACAUAUAAAUAUACUAUAUACAACACAAUAUCGCGUAAUUCCAUAACAAAUAAUCGAAAUUUGUGUAAUAAAAUACAAUUAAAUAAAAGACAAAAAAGAUAUUAAACACAAAAACAAAAGAAAUU